AAGGCAGCGCCUCACCGGCACCAAUAAAUCCCCCGGGUUCCCACCCUAGCCUGCCCAACACGUACGCAAAGAAGCUAGCUCCUGUGUCUUCCGCCGCCGCGUCUUUUGGCUACUAAUAACUAGGGUUUCGUUUCGCCUCACAAUACUCCGAUCGGUCGAUGGCGGCCGAGGAAGGCGAGAAGAAGAUGAUAACGCUCAAGAGCUCGGACGGUGAGGAGUUUCAGGUCGAGGAGGCGGUCGCCAUGGAGUCGCAGACCAUCCGCCACAUGAUCGAGGACGACUGCGCCGACAACGGCAUCCCGCUCCCCAACGUCGACUCCAAGAUCCUCUCCAAGGUCAUCGAGUACUGCAAGAAGCAUGUCCAGGCCGACGCCAGCUCCUCCACCUCUACUGCAGCCCCCGCCCCCGCCGAGGACCUCAAGAGCUUUGACGCCGACUUCGUUAAGGUCGACCAGGCCACCCUCUUCGACCUCAUCCUGGCCGCAAACUACCUCAACAUCAAGGGAUUGCUCGACCUUACUUGCCAGACUGUUGCCGACAUGAUCAAGGGAAAGACUCCCGAGGAGAUCCGCAAGACUUUCAACAUCAAGAAUGACUUCACACCCGAGGAGGAGGCCGAGAUCCGCAGGGAGAACCAGUGGGCUUUUGAGUAG